AUGAAGUAACAACAAUGAACUUGAAAACUAUAAUAGCAACUGCAAUCUUAUCAAUGAGAAAUUCCAACGAGUAUUUAAAGUACUUUCUAUUCAGACCAAAGUCUUCUUCCUCAAUGGACGAUAUCAUUGAACUUAAUCACAACUUCACUCUAAGUGGUGAUAUCAAUGGCCCCCUACUGGCAGCAGUUAUCAGUGUAGAGAUGAUAGGAGGACUCAUUGCUAACUCAUUUGUACUCAUACUGACUAUAUGCCAUAUAAAGACUUGGAAACAACCCUCUACUAUAUUCCUUACUAACAUGCUGAUAUCUAACCUCCUGAUUGUCCUCUUUGUGAUGCCUUUUCCCAUCACAACCUGCAGCAAUGGUAAGUGGAUGUUAGGUGAGACUGAAGCAGAACAAGUCAAAUAUUGCUAUUUUGCUGGGUACCUUUACUGGUACAGUGUCCUGCUAAUCACACAGAGUUUAGUUAUACUCUCGUUUGAUCGGUUCUUCUACAUUGUCAAGUCUUUCAUGUAUGAAAGGUACAUGACAGGAAAGAGAUCACUGUCCAUUGUAGCUUUCUCAUGGCUGAUAGCUUCAAUACUGAACAUAACUCCUUUCAUUGGUCUGGGAUCAUUUGGAUUCAUUAACAGCUAUGGGUCAUGUGGACCACUGUGGGAAGAAGAGAUGGGUCAUGUCAUAUACACCUUCAUUAUAUUCAUAUUCUACAUUGGCAGUAUUGUAACCACCACCCUAUGGACCUACUGCUAUACCAGGAGGUUCCUCCAAAGUGAGAGGUUAAGGACAGAGUUCAUAUCACGAAUACCCCAGCAGUGCAGUGUCUACAUAUCUAAAGAGAAGAGAUUGAUUGGUCUCUUUGGGAUGAUGAUGGUUGUUUAUUUGACCUGCUAUGCUCCUGGUUUGGUUGCUAUUGUUGCUGUUAUAUUCACUCCAUUGCCCCAGCCUGUAUAUGCAUCAGUAUAUGUCUUGUUCCUAUUGAUCACUGUACUUAGUCCUCUUGUUCAAAUCAUUUUUAGACGUGACAUGAGAGAGGCUGUGUCAAAGAUCAUAAAAUGUCAAAGGAAGGAAGGAGCUAGCAAAUGCGAAAGACAGAACUCUAGAAGCUUCAUGCUAACACACUUGCAUACUUAAAU